UGAUUGUUAGCUUUUAAAUUAAUAUUUUUCAACAAAUUUCCAGAAUUUAUUCAAAUAAAAUGAUAUAUAAAGUGUUAAUCUCUUUUUAUACUCAAUGUUAUUUACUGUGUUAUGACAAACGUGGUUUAAGAGGCUUUCCCAUUAUGAUAAAUGUAUUUUGAAUCCUUCUCAUUACUAUUGUGUGCUAUUAUUUCAUCUUUACUCAUCUUCUGCCUUCCUCUUUAUCAUUUGCCAUCAUCAUUAUCAUCACCAUCAUCAUCUUCUUGGUCAUUCAUGUUUCUCUUCUCCUUGGCAAACUAAUUUAUAUUUUAUUUGUUUUUACCUUUAUUAUUUGGCUUUAUUGUAACAUUAGUAUUGUUAUUUAUGUGCUUUCACCAAUAUCUCAACGUAAUGGAGGAAUCUCUUUGUUUUCACCAACCCUGUUUUAAUUUUAGAUGUUCAAUCAUUUCAGAAUCUGUUUAUUUCUUUACUUCACGAUCAUUCAGUGAACAUUAGUUGACAAUCAAUUGAUUUAAAAUUUAAUCUUGUUCUACGUAAGAAUAAUCUUUCAAUUAGAUUGGUCUAUUAGAUUAUGUUACCCUUUACUUUUUGUACCAAUGGAACUUUAGUGAAGUGUCUCUAAUGGAAUGAAAUUCAGUACAAGUUGAAGUUUUUUUUGUUGAUUACAUUCGAAAAUUAAACAUCUCUUGUAAUAUUGAGAGAUGAAUUACAUCCUUCAAUCCAUUAAAUUGCAUAAUUCAUGAGCAAUUCACUCAAGUUUACCAUGUACGAUGUAACUUGUUAUAUUCUCAGUUUUAUAAUUGGCCUUUUAGUUUCAACAAAAUGGAUAAUUUUUCCUCAUUCAGGCUUCUGAGAGCUCGCUAGUUAAUUUACCUUGAAAUUGUAUGUCAAUUGACCUCAAUAGGGAUGAUUGUGUGAUAAAAGUUGAUUUGCACAAGUGUAAGAAAAAGGUUGGCGGAGAGUAAACUUUCAGCAAAUGUUGCCAGUUGUGCCAGUUGUGGCUCAUUUGAUGCCUUAUUUGAUUCCUAAGCUAACCAACAUGUGAAGGCUGAAUUUGGAUUCGCGUUGAUGUCACCCUGAAAAGUUGGUCAAUAAUGGAAAUAAAUUUCUGUAAAAAUUAGCAUUGAUGAAGUAAGGCCGAGACAAGGAAGACAAGGCGAAAGAAACAAUUGACACAAAAAUAUGGAAAUAUCGCACAAGAAUGAGAGUUUACAUGAUAACAAAAGAUGCAAACAAGGUUUUUCCGUUGACAAAAUGAAAGCCCAAAUAUCCGGUUCUUGUUAAGCUGUAAACACCAAAAAGAGCAAAAAUUAUGAGACAGAUGAAAGUGAGAAGCAAGCCACAGGAAAUACUGUGAGAAGAAAGGAGAGGGGAAAAGAGAGGAGAGAAAGAAGCGAAAGAGAAAUUGAAAGUAAUAUUUUUAAAAAAGAGAGGUAAACUCUUUUUUUAAGGAGAAAGAUAGCUUUUUGUUUCAUCUGGUAAUUUCAAUUUUCAGCUUCUUACAUCUCUUACUUGUCUCUCCUCCUUAUUCUCCUCCUCCUCCUUAUUCUCACUUGGAUCGUUAUUACCAUCAACACAGUUUUAACAUAGUCUCACUCGGGAUUAGAAAUAAUUACCUUUCUGUUUAAACUGGUUAACUUGUUUAGUUGGUAGUGAAAUAGUUACAAACUGCUGUCCCAUCUAGGCUCAAAUUUUCACCGAAAUGAUUUAUCAACACUUGCUGACAAUUCCAUUACUCUUUUCAUUUGCUGCUUCAACGUCCAUUUCAGGUCCAGCAAAUUGUGAGAACUGUCCUGAAUUGAAAUUCACUCAUCAUUAUGCUGCUCGUGGAUGUAAUCCUAUUUUAAGGGUUGGAUGCCCGAAUUGCGUUGAACGGUUUGAAUGUCCAUCCAUUCAGAGAGAAGCAAACAAGUGUUAUUAUGGUGGAGAGAGUUAUGACAUUGAUAGAGACAUUAGAGUUCCUAACCCUUGCAAUCGAUGUCGAUGUCAUGGAUCGGUAACGGCAAAUAUGGAAGCGGAAAUAUCCUGCGCUCAUGUUGAAUGUCCUGAGAUAUUCAGUCCACCUGAUGCUGAUAUAAUCAAUCAGACAUGCUAUUAUUCAUUUAGACCUGGCCAGUGUUGUGGAGAAAAACGUUGUCCUCGAGACUUGUCGGAUCCAAAGCCUAUGGUUACUUGCUCCUAUGAGGGUAAGACUUACAUGGAGGGACAACAAAUUGAAUUACCAGAUUGUUACACAUGUUCUUGUACAUCCGAAUUCAAUCCAAUGAACGUUAAGAAUAAUCCAGCUUGUCACAAACAUACGUGCUACUUCAAUACCAAAAUGUUGGAUGACGGUUGUUUACCAGUUUACCUUCCAUCAGGUUGUUGUUACUCGCAAUUUCACUGUCCUUCACCAUCUCUUGAAAUGCGACGAGAACAUUGUAAACAAGCACAUUAUUAUGGAUACUGUGAACAAAAUGUAACCAGCUAUCAUUUUGAUACAGCAACCAAUCAAUGUCUUCCAUUCACUUAUUCUGGUUGUGGUGGUUCAAUUAAUACUUUUGAUACCCUGAAACAAUGUACAGAUUAUUGUACGGCUCCUGAUCCAAUUCGACCUGCACCAAUUCCGGGUAAAUGUUAUUUUGACGGAGUCAAUUAUGACAUUGGAAGCAAACUUGUCACAGAGGCAACUUUCAAUUGUACAUGCUCAUUACCACCAGAUUUUACUUGUGUAUUGAACUUUUAAAGAAAAGAAAAUUAACCAAACUCUAUAUUUCACAAUUUAUUUUCGACGUUCAAAUCAAGAUCACAAUCACUGAAAAAUAAAAUGAAA